UAGUAACUGUAUAAUGCACAAAUUUUAAUAGCUUGUGGGAGGGGUGUUAUUGUUUCGUUUUUGUUCUUGCUUUUAUUAUAUAUUUUGUGUUUUUCUGCUGUGAACCACCCUGAGAUCUUUGGAUGAAGGGCAGUAUACAAAUUUAAUUAAAAAUAGAGCUGCAAUAUUUCCAGAAAUCUUAAAAUCAUACAAAAAUAAAAACCAUUUUGGGGGAAGGUUGAAUAAUUUAAAUAUAUGCAGAUGUAGUAUUAUCUAAAAUAGUUCAGUUACUUUAUACUACUAUUAAAGAUUACAAUGAUAAUUCACCAAGAUAUGUAGCAAGUGCCAUAGUAACUGCAGAUACACAAAAUUAACCAUCCUUAUUUAUUUUGAUUUAUAUUCUUCCUCAUUCUGUUAGUUAAAUUCCAUUGGCUCAGGUUAAAAAAACUAUACAAACCGCUGGAACUGAGUAGUUGAUGACCUAUUUUUCCCAGCACGUUGAAUAUUACAAGAAAUCAGACUAAUAGCAAAAUAAUACAAUACAUAUUUAUCUGAGGCAAAACAUGAUUUACAGUCAUCUAUAUUUGUAUUGGAUUUAACUUUGUUUACACACACACACACACACACACACACACACAGAGAGAGAGAGAGAGAGUUGUGUUCUAAUUGUUUUUAUUCUUGAAGUUUUUAUUGUGAAAUUGCUUCAAGAUAUUUUAGCCAAAGCUAUUCAUAAUUGGAAUCAAAUAAAUAAAAUGGUUAUGAUGAAAUGUGCAUAUGAAUAGGUUUCAAACAUUUGUAUGAUUUCUCUUCUUCCCUGCCUGGAAAAAAGUGUGAGGUAAUGACUGUAGUUUAUAAGAUAUCCUUUAAGAAUUUCUUCUAGUCAUGAAUUGUCUAGAAAAAGUAAUGUGUUUUUCAGGAAAUUGAUUCAAGAUGAGUGAAAUUGGCAGAAUAGUCCAUCCUAUUCUUGGUUUGUGGUUUCAUAGACUGGGCGUAAGAGUGACUACAGAUGCAUGUGAUUCAUUUGUUGUUUUGUGAGCAAUUAGUUUGAAUAACAACUUCCUUUCAUUUACGAUUUAAUGUGGGUGGUACCUGAUUAGGCAUGUAGGUCACACUGGUAGAGUUGUAAUCAGUGGUGGGUGAUUUAACUGUGUAAUGGGUUUAACAGUGCAUAUUUCUGUAUUCACACUUGGAGUAGUUUUGUGGUGACAGUUUAACCAUAUCUGAUAGCAAAGCUUUGGAGUGGUGUUAGAGGUUAUUCUAAACAUUGAACUUCCAUUUUUUUGGGAGGUCGGUACACCUAUAUUCAAGAUAAGUAGAACUGCCAUUUUAAGAUGGCUUUACUGCAUUGCUAUUUCUCUUUGACACAAAUCUCCCAAUAUUUUUUUUAAUUAGCCACAGGGAACUCCCACUUUGUGGCAAUGGUGCUGGGGAAAGGGUGUUUCCCCUACUCCUCUCCUCUUACCCACCAUUUUAAUUGCUCCCAAAAGUGUUAUUGGCAGUUCUGCAGUAGAAAUACAGUGGAGGAUAAAAUUAUCUCCACUCUUGCUUUCUUAUUGCAUUUUCAACUUAAGCUGGUGAAACAUAUGGCCAUAUAGAUUUAGCACUUAUUACUGAUGAAUGCUCCUCUUGAAGGAGCUUAUUCCUAAACUUAUCCACUACUCUUGGAUUUAGUGUUUCGAGCAGGCAUCCCCAAACCUCGGCCCUCCAGAUGUUUUGGACUACAAUUCCCAUCUUCCCCAACCACUGGUCCUGUUGGCUAGGGAUCAUGGGAGUUGUAGGCCAAAACAUCCGGAGGGCCGCAGUUUGGGGAUGCCUGGUUUAGAGCCUCUUGCCUUCUAAGUAGUGCAGAACAGUGGACCAUGGAAUUUGCUGUGCAUAUUGGCAUGAUUCUGGAGGAUCCUGUAUAUCUCCAUUGGUGGAGCAAUAUUCUUUAUCAUGAUUUAUAGGCCCUCAUUUUGAGGUAUCUCUAUACAGCCAUAGGUAGGAAGUUGUCUUCAAAUUGACCACUUCUUGGUUCAGUGUACAACCAGCAAUUGUAUUUCUUCCCUUCCAAUUCACCCGUGGCUCUCUGGAAGCAUAUUACAUCUCAGAACACUAUAAAGCCUAAGACUUGUUACCUUCUGGGUCAGUGACUCUCUCCCAUAAUUUAUGUUACUGAUAUCUAUGGAAAUGUGUGGAUUCAUGACAAGUUGGCUGAGAAACAUUUUUAGAGUGCUGUGGGCUAUUUUCACAAAUAUCCAGUGACAUGGAUAUGUAAAAUCUGAAUGAAUCCUAAUUCACUUUUUAAAUUCCUCAGGAAAUGCUUUCACCUAGAAACAGUCGCGUUAGACCCAGUAUUUUUUUUUUUACUUGUGAAGACUAGCUGCCAGACAGCCAAUGUCAUUCCAACUUAGCUGUUGGAAGUAGUCAUAUUCGGUAAAAUAUUGCAAUAUUUUUUCCUUGUCUACUUCCUGGUAGCAUGUAACAUUUUUACUUGUGGUGACCAGAUUUUGAAGCCAAGCUCAAAGACUGGAGUCAAACAACUAGUAGAACCCAGAGAUUUGAAGGUGCUAUUGCUUCAUGGUCCUCAUUUAAUUGUGCAACACAUUUUUCUGUCCUACUGUUAUUUCUGAUCAACUGGUUUUGAAUGCUUGACAUUGAUUGCACUAUGCAAUUGGUUCCUUUAGUCCAGCACUCUCACUGGCAACAUUUCUCCUACCGGUAGGUUUUUGCAAGCUCUGUUGUUUGGGGCUGUUUUACAUAGAGAUGCCAAGAAUUGAACCCAUUAAUCAAUCUUUAUACUGCCUAGAAAAGUUCUGUGUUCAUGAAUCACUGUGGUAUAGAUGGCCUUCCUUUCCCCUACAGAUCAGUUGCAUUUAUUUGGUUUUUAAGCUUCUAAAAAAAGGUUUACAUAUUUAAUCAGAGCCAGCCCAGUCAGAUGAGACAGGUGAGGCUGCUGCUUCAGGGGCAGAAGCUCCCCAGGUGGCAUGCCCAUAGGUGCCUUGCCUGCCCCCCCCCCCGGCCAUUGGCAGUGAAACACCACCAGCACUGAUUUUGGGGUAAGAUCGCAGCCAUUUUAGGCAAGAUCCCGCAUUAUUUUGUGAGAUAUUUCACCCCAAUUCGUCCUGAUCUUGCCCAAAACCGGCAACAAUGGCGGCCACUUCUCCACCAGCAGUGGAUGGGGCAGGGUUCCGCAGCAGAGCAGAUGGCGGCAAGAGCAGGUUGGUGGUGGAGGGAGCAGCAGCAGCAGCAGGGCAAAGCGGCACUUUUUUACCUCAAGUGACGAAACAGGGCGCACCACUCCUGCAUUUAAUGUGCCAACGGUAGUGGCAGCCAUUUUGUUUAAGGGUACUUUCCAAACGGCAUGAUUUUUUAAAUAGUAGAAUUAGCAAUACAGUAUAGCAAGAAAAUCCAUAAGCAAAUAGACACAGCCCUUUCCACUAACUUUGAUUUUCUGCAGCCUUUUAGUAUACAGUAUUUACAUUUGCAGAGAGAUGGUAAAAGAACAACCAGUGUUUAUUCUCUUUCGACAGAUACACAAAUAGAAUUCAAACAGGCUUAGUCAGAACACCUGCAUUUUGGUCAGUGCUGACGUUGGAGGAGGCAAGAGUCCAGUUCAUUGACAUUUGCAGAGAUCUGUAACGCAAGUCAUCAACCCUAAUACUGAGAGGUCCUGGUUGCUUAAUUGUAAAAUAUGUUCAAAAUUGUCCAUAUGAAUUUGGUACAAGUGAGCUAACAGAACUAGAACCAGAAUAUACAAUCAGAAGAGUCAUGUGGUAUAGCUCUUCUUGUGACACGCAAACACAGCCAGCUUCAGUGUUUGCCCCAUAAGUAGCAAAACCAAACUAAAUUAUGUACCCUGUUUCUCAUAUUUUAAGACAUACCCAUAAAAUAAGCCAUAGCAGGAUUUUUAAGCAUUCAAGGAAUAUAAGCCAUACCCCGAAAAUAAGACAUAGUGAUAGGCGCAGCAGCAAUGCCGGCCGCGGCAGGAGGAGGAGGAAAAAAAUAAGACAUCCCUUGAAAAUAAGCCAUAGUGUGUGUUUUUUGAGGAAAAAAUAAAUAUAAGACAUGUCUUAUAAUAUGAGAAACACGGGUAUAUACAAAUAUAAUUGUUACAAAUUGUAGGACUCAGCUUUUCUUAGUGCAGUUUUUGGAUUUCCUGUGCAGAUAGUUUUAUUUGAUAUUACUAGAACUAGGUUUGUUCAUACCUGUCUGAGGUACACUCUGGUAGGAGCACUCUUAUUGCUGGAAAAUAACUUGAUGAGCUAAUAAAAUACCACCUGACUUAAUUAGUUUUUUUUCUCAUCAAAGUUAAUGAAUACACAAGCUUUGAAGCAGUUUCUUUGGCAAUAGUUUUUAAAGGGCAUGAUGUAGAGGCAUAGCACAGAAGGGAGCACCAUGACUCUUAGUGACCGUAGGUACACACUGCUCAAGGAGCCAUGUAGUUCAAGAUCACUGAUUAACCUUUUAAAUGAAAAAAAAUCAAUCUGCUUACUACUCACUCCAGUGAAUUUCUGGUGGAUUAUUUUUCAUGUAUUGAAGACCCAAGACAUCUUAUAUACAGCCUGCUGAGCUAUUGGCUUUUAAGCUUAUGUAUAACAACAUGAGCUCUGAACCAGUUCCCAGUUCCUUGCUAGAGACUCUAGAAUCUAAACUGGAGCCUCAUGGCCUGAAGGGAGGACCAACACUGGAGGGUACUGCAAAAAGUCGUCCCCCCCUUCAAAGCCAGGAGGAACCAUGAGCUGCAAUUUUUUGUCUAUGCCCCAUCACCACAAAACUUUGUAUACUUGUAUGCAUUUUGUAACUAGUCCAGAAUUAGGAAGUCAAAGUAAGUUAUCGCUUUCCUGUUUCCUAUAUCUUCAUUACAUGAAACAGCAGGUCUCCCAAGCAGUGAAUCUCACACAGUACUCUUUUUAGCCUACUUGCAAAUAAAUAACACCAGAAUUUUAUAACUAUAAAUCAGACCUCGACACUUCAAGAACUUCCUGUGGACAAAAUCUUGAGAUCAGAAUCUUGAGGAAACUCAGCUGCUCCUGUUCUGGCCACAGAGUAUGACUGUAGAAGUCCUUUGAGCCAUUACUUUAAUCAGUGACCUCGUUUUAAAUGAGGUCCAUUUCACAGCGUGGAGAACUAUCUGUAAUGAUGAUGUUGCACAUUAAAUACAAUAGGCAGUUUCUUUACCUCUUUGCAGUGAAAACUGUCACAGAAAAUAAGGUUUCUGUUUACCAGUCCACAAACCCUGUCCUCUGUUCUUUGGGUUUGACAAUUUAUGUUACCGGUACUUUAAAUUUUCUGUAUAUUUAACCCUUAACCCAUUAGAGCAGGUCAGUAGCCAUCUCAUCAGAAUGCAAGGUCAAAUUGAUAGUCAUCAUUGGAAAAACCUACUUUAAGUGUGUUCAGUGGUUUUGGCUGCCCAGUUGAACUUUCACCACCUGGUGAUGCCUUGUAGCUUUUGAAAGUCCCCUCAGUGUCAAAAUCAGUUUGCAGUGUGGUAUUGGGGGUGUGUGUGCAUCCAGCCUUCUGAGAAAAACAAGUCAAAGUCCUCCUGGGCACUCAGAACUAGUUAUACCGUUCUUUUAGCUUCAGCAUAUCUCAUAUUUUUAUUUUCAUGUAUGGAAUCCUUUCUACAGAUAUUUCUAGGCGCCAUUUUGAAAUUCUUAUUCAGUGGUGCAUUUUUUUCAACAAAAACCUGUAGAGUGAUCUGUCUCUCUCUCUGUAUGUGUUUCCACAUUUGCACUGCACUUUUUGAAAUACUAUAGUGUUACUUGCCCAAUUGUAAUGAGCCAUAUAAUGAUUCAUAAUCUGUAUCUUUUCUAGGAAGUUAGGGUCUUUAGGUAGAUUAAGAAUAAAAUAUAGCCUAUCAUUUAGGGAAAUGACUUCUCUGGAAUAUUUGUUUGCUCGUUGCAGGCUUAUCUGGUAAUGUUAUUAUUAGUUUUGUUUUGUUUUUUGCCUUCUGUGUUUUUCAUUAAGGGAUUAGUGGCAGGAAUAAUAACUGAAGUUAGCAAGUAUGCAGAGAAAGGAAAUGGCAUUUGCUUCCCCCAAGUGUUCCUCUUUGUUUUUAUUGUACAAGUAUGUUCUUAUGCUUUGUGCUGCCCAGAGGGGCAUGUGCAGCAUACAAACAAACAAACAAACAAACAAACAGUCUCUUUGCACUGCACUUUUUGAAAUACUAUAGUGUUGCUUGCCCAAUUGUAAUGAGCCAUAUAAUGAUUCAUAAUCUGUAUCUUUUCUAGGAAGUUAGCGUCUUUAGGUAGAUUUAGAAUAAAAUAUAGCCUAUCAUUUAGGGAAAUGACACACCGCUAUUGUGUUGGCCUGUGUAAGGAUCGUGGGGUGGUUGCUCAUGAGUAACCACGCAGGACUCCAACCUGGUUAUUUACAGGUUUAUUGUGCAUACUAUGUACAGUGAAGAGCAAACAGUUCCAUGACUGCCCUAGUCACUAGCAGAUCCAGGAGUGCCCCCUUCCAGUUUCUACCCCAGCAUAAGAACUUGGACACCUCUAGCCUCCACCUCCCCUCUUUGCAUUUCAGUCCCCUGCGCAAUUGGGUGGUGCGAGGGCUCCAACCUUGCAUCCUGGAGCCCCCUCUCCGUGGUGCUGACCGCCUCCCUCUACAUUGGCAUAGUCUCUGGCACCUUGUAGAUUGUGUGCUUGUAAUAAUGUGGACAAUGCCCCACCCCUUCUACAAAUUGCUGGUGGCAAUGCUAUGUAAUGUGUUCUUUUGCCGGGCUGCAGCUUGUUCUGCAUUAGAUCUGGAGCAAGCUGUAUUAAUAAACUGAUCAUAACACUUCAAGUUAAAUGAAUUUAUUAAAUAAACAAAAGUUUAACUUUGUAAUUGAUCUGAUUGUAGUUAGAGUAGCAGAAAUGUAUAAAAACCCUUCAGCAACAUUUACUCUUUGGUUAGGCUGUGAAGGAGAGGAAGGAUGUCUAGGAACUAGAUUUUUUAGUUUCUUUGCUUAUAAAUCCCAUGCAAAGAAGUCAAGGUGCAUCCCCAAAGGAGAGAAAUGAUUUAUUAUGUUUGGGUAAUAAGUUCAGCUUGUAAAAAUGCAUGCACAAUUCAAAAUAACAGUUCUCUCUGUGGCAUGUUGAGCUAUGGAAUACUCUUCCUUUUAAUCUCUAUCAAAGCUGGAAGGGGGAAAAAUAAUAUUUCUGGCAUAAAAUAAAAGGGGCUUGAUAGCUGCAGUUACUGUUGAAGGAGUGCUAAUAAGGAAAUGACCCUGAGACAGCAUAUAAGGAAGCAAAACAGCAAGGUUGCCCAGCUUAAAUAAAGCAGCAUCUUUUAAUAUAUGAAGUGUGUUGUUUUUUUGCAAGCAAGUCAUGACCUUUAUGGACUAAAGACAAUUUAAAAAUUCUGUUGUUUCAGGUGUAAGCAUGCUUUGCUUAGGUGCAAUUUUCCCACCGUGCAACGAUGUUGUGAUACAGAGAGUCAGAAGAGAACUGGAUGGGUUUAUAAAAAAAUAUUUUCUCACAGACUCUUUAUUUUGGCCUCUGACUAUUAUAUCAUAGCAUACAUAGGGCUACCAAUCUACCAAGGGUUAGCCCAAAUAUAAACAGCAGUACUGCACUGGGGAUGUGUACAUUGCUGGGGGGGGGAGAGAUAGAAAUAGUAAAAUUAAAAGUUGAAAUGUGCGUGAGAAAGUUGUAUUUGCAAGUGAACCAUGAGAGAAAAAAUGAAAUGUAUACAGGAGCUAUUGCUAUAACUGAGAAGGACAAAGGGAGAGGGAGAAAGUUGCUAUGCCUCAUGAUUAAACUAUCCAUCAUCAUCAUCAUCAUCAUUUUAUCUGUAUGCCAUCUUUCCAUAGUUAAAACCAUGCUGAAAACAGCCUACAGCAUGAAAACUUUUCCAUAAUCAUAAGUAAAACAUUAAAAAGUUGAACAACUCAAGCUUGGGAAAGGCUGCCAUAGGGUAGUUUCAAAGAUGAAGGCAGGAAUUGAGAUCUGCUUACUCUUUAAGAGUUUUGGGGGCACCACUUAAGCUCCACUUCAGGCAGUACAAUGUCUUAAAACAACUGUGAGCAUUAGUGGUAGUAGCCUGACUAAUGUUUUGAAGGUGUUCAAACAAAUUUAUUUCAAAUUUCAAAUGGUUUUUGCCUGUAAAUCAGCAUGCACUUGUUUUUAUCUGAUACUGCUGUUAGCUGAAAAGUGGACUAACUGAGGUUUCCACUUAUUGGUCACCCCUCCUGUUUUUGUAUUGACAUUUAUGGGAGAGGGUGGCCCUGCCCCGUGUAUGCAGAGAGAUGCUGUUCUUUAUUCCAGUGGUGUCCCACUAUAAAACCAAGAGCCCAGGUGCUUACAGACCACUUUCCAAAUGGAUUCUCCUUCAAAGAUGACUCAUUGUUCUCCUUGCCGUGUGUGCAGAUAAUCAGCAAACCACAGUAAAACUUGAAGGGACAUGUUCGUGCCUUUUGAGUCUGUGAAGUGAUAGACUGUACUUCGAAGUCAUAACUCUUUCCCCAACAAUCUGUGUAGUGGAAAAUACAAGGUCCAUGUAUCCAUUCUGUUCAAAUGAUUUGUUCCGUUAGGAGGAUGGGAGGAGGAAUCUUCUGUAUGUUUUUAUAUUAUAACUUGAUCUGAAGCAGGCAGGUGUUUUCCAACGAAGCUUUUCUGGACAAAUAACAGUUCAUGCAAGUGCUUAACUUGUACAAUCAGUGCAAUUUCAAGAGAUUCUUCCUCCUCUCAGAAGAGACAGUUUUCUGUGAGUUCUCACCUACAGUGUUUGAAGUAGCACUUGACAUUUCCCAGUUGCUACCAUUAGCUACUGGAUCCAUACAUGAAACCUAAACUUCUAGAGGAAGCCAUGAAGCAUCCCAUUCUGGCUGUGGAGACAAAGUGAAAGUUGUACACACAAGAGAAAAUUACGCUACAAACCCCUCUAUGAAUAACAAUAAAAAAACCAGCCUCCUCAGCUGAGGAAUUCUAUUCCCAGUGAAGGCUUGCCAAAGUCAAAUUCAAGUGAGAGAGCAGCUGUGGUUGUCAUAGACAUGUUCCAGGCAAUAACUGCAAACCUCAUGGUUCGCUGCUUACAAAUUGUGAUUCACAUGCAAGCAGUUUUUGGGAUCUGUUGGUUGUGCUCCAUGACAAUCUUAUUUGAACUGUGCUCAAGGUCGUCUGGAAGAAACAUAAAACUAUGGCUCUACACGGCAAGGAAUAAGCUGGCACAGACAUAGGUUUUUAGGUAUCUUGUGUGGAGGAGUUUUGUUUUCAGUAUGUUAUCUGCUUCUUAGGGAUGGGUGAGACGAGAUUGAACAGGUCUUUCUGUUUUUAUAGAUGUACAAGGAUGGAGGUACUUUAGGGAUUUUGCUGCUUAUAGAAGUCAGAGAAGCAAGCUUUUUCAUUUAGCUUUUUGAAACUUGUAAUUAAAUGUGAACAGCAAAUCACUGACCAUAGAACCACUUCCUCUUCCCCUUCUCCCUACUUUUGCCAAGCCAAUAUUUGCAUUUGGCUUGCUAAACACUGUUUUUGCUUAUAAAUAUAAUAUUAAGUCUGUCAGGUUAGCUGUGAUUAAUUAUUAGCCAAAGAGUGACAGAAAAGAAAGCAGAGGCUUGGGACCAAGAUGAGUAGAGUGCUGAAUAGUUUGAGAUAGUGAACCCAGGAGGAAGAUUGUGCCUCUACAUGUUGCUCACAGAGCAAGCUCUGACGCAGAUAUGGGUAGUUUGAUGUCCUGCUGUGUUUGCAUUUUGAAUUGAGAGCCUCCCAUAACUUUGCACAAGACAAGAGUGUGCUUAGGUGAUGUUUGAACAGGAAAUUGUAAUGUACAGAACACCUCAAUUCUGAAUAAAAAGGAAAUGAAUCACAGAUUCAUUGUCAUUCUUGUGUUACCAGCUCAAUUGCGUGUCAAGGCCCCAGGCCCUGAAGUUCCCUUUGAUAAUAAACACACAGACUCAAGUAUUUAGGUUUAUGGGAUAAAAUAGGCCACAACUUUAUUGGUUACAGAUGUGAGCAGUUUGGCUUUGGCAUUGGGUGAAGCCAGACUAUAUCUCAACUCCCGCCUGUCUGCAGGGAGUCCAACUAAGGGUAACCCACCAGUAGGAGGAGCCCUUUGACUUACAUCAAAUGAGGCGUCCCCGUUGGGGUUGUUGCAUGGCCCUAGCGCACAUCCAGGCAUCAGACAGGAUCCACACACACACCCAGAUCCCUUUAGCAGGAUGCCCUUAUUGAGGAGGGGCAGGCGGAGGCUAUAACCUCCCCACCAUUAAACAAAGGCUUACCCAAUGCCUAACCGCCACUCGAGCCCAAAUGGCUCACUGCCAACACCUUCACGCCUGCAACCAAUCUCUGAUGUCAUCUCCAAUAUCAUUCACCUGGGGAUUAUUUCCAAAAUCAGAAAGGUGAACACCAUCAUGGAACAAGGCUUCCUGGUCAAAAGUGAUGGCAGGGUGUUGUAUCACAUGGCCAUUCAAAUGUUGCACCUUCUGUGCAACUGCACGGUUAGCUUUCUUUCCAGCACUAUUGAUUGCAACUGGGUAACGACAUUCACGCCAACAACACCUCUCCAAAAGCUGGGGCCAGAAUAAGGUUAAGUCUGGGUAUAGGGCAGCAAGCUUGUCAAAGUCCUCUUUGAAGUUCCAGGUUAGGUCAAUGCCCUUCCUUAGAACCAACCCCAGCUGAACAACCAAUGCAUUAGAAGGGGCAUGUAAUGCAGCUCUGGCCAUCACAAUGGGCAUGAAUUCAUGUCAUUUCAUACCACAUCAACAUUCUUUGGGAGCCCCAGGCAGCUUUCUGUGCCAGUAGCGAUGGCACACAUGCGGGCCAAAUGGGCUAUGCUGUGUCCCACUAACCAGAAAUUGAUUGCAGGGAUGCCUGAAAAUGAAGGAGCAACAGGGUGUGGUUAUUGAGGUUUUCUUCCAGUUGUAUCUUCUGUAGGCAUUAGAUCUUCAACGGCCUAUAGCCUUAAUCCAGUCUGCGGGGAGGCCCAAAUCCUAAAGGAAUGGGCUGCAAAAUCCAUGGCCAGGAGGCUACAGGUAAAUUGAUGUCUAGCCAGGCAAGAGCGGUCUUGGUGAAUAAGGUAAGGGCCAGGGCCAGGAGGUCUGAGGUAGAGAUACCUCCUGGUGUCCUUUACCGGACAAGGGCCCUUGUGCCCCGAAGCUGAGAGCCUGAUAAGAGCACAUUUACCUGUUUUGGAGCGACGAAUGCUGAUUAGCAAUUCUGAGAGGCUCAAAUUUAUGUCCUUCAGCAAUACCGGUAGUCCUCUGGAGAAGGUGCCAAGCUUACCCUCAUUGACGCAUUCGCCCACUCCGAGGGCCCCAAAGAAUGAAAUGGUGUAUGCUGCGGAGAAUAGACGGCAUUCAUAUUUUGACCAGCAGAUGUCUCUUAAGACCCUGUGAAUACAACAAAGGAAGCCAAAUGUGAUUGGUUUUCUACGCUCCAUGUUCGGGGGUUGAAGUCUACGCCACACCUUCAAUUACCCUGCGCAUAACAAAUGCUGCACACGGAUCAACAGAAAAGAUACAUUUGCUGAAGAAGGCAAUUGUGGCACAGUUUGCCAAGGAACCAGCAACAAGCUAACACAGCUUUCGAGUGUGGAUGAGCACUACAAUAGUCUGAAGAGAAUGUAUGAAGGCUGCGAGGUGGUGCUUGGCAAUCUAGAAAUCACUCACGUGAAUCACACCUAUAACCUUACUUUCUUGAGGAGUAUACAAGAGGUGGCUGGUUAUGUGCUUAUAGCAAUAAACACAGUGAAAAGUAUUCCUUUGGAGAAUCUCCAGAUAAUCCGAGGAAACACCCUUUAUGAAAAUGCUGCUUUGGCAGUUUUACUAAAUUACAACGAUGUCAGGGGGCUUGAAGAGCUGCCAAUGAGACGCUUAGCAGAAAUUCUAAAUGGAGGAAUAAAAUUCAGCAAUAAUCCUUUUCUUUGCAACAUGGAUAAUGUUCUUUGGGAUGACAUUGUCGAUAAAACAGGCGGCAAAGGUUUCGUACAGUUUGAUGUUGCUGAGAAAACAGAAAUAUUGCCAAGAACUGACAAUAAAACAUGCCAACAGUGUCAUCCCAAUUGCACAAGAGCACAUUGCUGGGCUGCUGGACUAGAGAACUGCCAAACAAUAACAAAGGUUGACUGUGCAGCACAAUGUUCAGGCAGAUGCAAGGGGAGGUUGCCAAGUGACUGUUGUCAUACCCAGUGUGCAGCAGGAUGUACAGGUCCUAGAGAGAGUGAUUGCUUGGCAUGUCGCAAGUUUUGGGAUGAUGCAACAUGCAAGGAGUCUUGCCCUAGUUUGCAAAAGUAUAAUAUUAUCACCUAUCAGUUGGAAGACAAUCCAGAUGGAAAAUACAGCUUUGGAGCAACUUGUGUAAAGAAUUGUCCGCAUAACUACGUUGUAACAGACCAUGGUUCAUGCGUCCGGUCGUGUCCUCCAGACUCCACAGAAGUGGAACAGAAUGGCAUUCGGAAGUGUAAAAAAUGUGAUGGCCCAUGUAGCAAAGUGUGCAAUGGGAUUGGAACAGGUGAUUUUAAAGGUGUUAUUGCCGUUAAUGCAUCCAAUAUUGACUAUUUCACAAAUUGCACUACAAUCAAUGGAGACCUUGUAUUUCUGAAAGUAUCAUUUUCAGGUGAUUCAUAUACAAGAACACCCCCUUUGGACCCAAAGAAGCUGGAUAUCUUUAAAACUGUUAAAGAAAUCACAGGAUUCUUAUUGAUCCAGGUUUGGCCACAAAAUUUCCAAGAUUUGAGUGCUUUUGAAAAUCUGGAGGUUAUACGAGGCAGAACAAAACAAUUGGGCCAAUAUGCUCUUGCUAUCACUGGCCUGAACAUAACAUCUCUGGGAUUGCACAGUCUGAAGGAAGUAAGCGAUGGAGAUGUUGCCAUUUUAAAAAACAACCACCUCUGCUUCGGUAACACAGUGAACUGGAAUAAACUUUUUGUAACAAAAGAUCAGAGCACAAAAAUAAUUAGAAACAGAGAUGAAAGUGAAUGUGCCGCUGCAACAGAAAUUUGCCAUCCCCUCUGCUCAGAUGAAGGCUGCUGGGGGCCAGGGCCCUUGCAGUGCUUUUCUUGCCGUAACUUUAUUCGCCAGCGGGAGUGUGUAAAGGAGUGCAACAUUGUGCAAGGGAACCCUCGGGAGUUUGUAAGACAUCUUGAGUGUCUUCAGUGCCAUCAAGAAUGCCUGGUGCAAAAUUCAACGGAAUUCAAUGCAACUUGCACAGGACCUGGUCCAGGCAGUUGCCUGAAGUGUGCCCAUGUAAAAGAUGGUCCUCAUUGCGUUAAGUCGUGCCCUGCUGGUAUUUUGGGUGAAAAUGAUACCAUUGUCUGGAAAUAUGCAGAUGAAAAUUCAGUGUGUCAACUAUGUCAUCCAAACUGUGUUCGCGGGUGCAAAGGACCAGGGCUUGAAGGUUGUCCUAAUGGUUCCAAGAUCCCAUCCAUUGCGGCUGGAGUCGUUGGAGGAAUCCUGUGCUUUGUCGUUAUCGCAUUGGGCAUUGGCCUUUACCUUCGCAGGCGUCGCAUUGUUAGAAAACGUACUUUGCGCAGAUUGCUGCAAGAAAGAGAGCUUGUUGAACCCCUGACGCCCAGUGGGGAGGCACCAAACCAGGCACUCCUAAGGAUUCUAAAGGAAACCGAAUUUAAAAAAAUCAAAGUUCUUGGCUCCGGAGCGUUUGGUACCGUCUUUAAGGGGCUUUGGAUUCCAGAAGGCGAGAGAGUUAAAAUUCCUGUAGCAAUUAAGGAAUUGAGAGAGGCCACAUCACCUAAAGCCAACAAAGAAAUUCUUGACGAAGCCUAUGUCAUGGCCAGUGUUGACAACCCCCAUGUGUGCCGUUUGCUGGGAAUCUGCCUCACCUCCACUGUUCAGCUCGUCACGCAGCUUAUGCCUUAUGGCUGCCUUCUUGACUACGUUCGAGAGCACAAGGAUAACAUUGGAUCCCAGCACCUUCUCAACUGGUGUGUGCAGAUUGCAAAGGGAAUGAAUUACCUGGAGGAACGUCGUUUGGUACACCGUGAUUUAGCUGCCCGGAAUGUCCUGGUUAAGACUCCUCAGCAUGUGAGGAUUACUGACUUUGGAUUGGCCAAAUUGCUUGGUGCAGAAGAAAAGGAAUACCAUGCAGAAGGAGGAAAAGUUCCUAUUAAAUGGAUGGCACUGGAGUCUAUUCUGCAUCGCAUUUACACCCACCAAAGUGAUGUUUGGAGUUAUGGUGUCACAGUUUGGGAAUUGAUGACAUUUGGAUCAAAACCAUAUGAUUGUAUCCCAGCCAGUGAAAUUUCCUCUGUCUUGGAGAAAGGAGAGCGGUUGCCUCAGCCUCCCAUUUGUACAAUAGAUGUCUACAUGAUCAUGGUCAAAUGUUGGAUGAUAGAUGCAGAGAGUCGCCCCAAAUUUCGGGAGCUGAUAGCAGAAUUCUCCAAAAUGGCUCGGGACCCCCAGCGCUACCUAGUUAUACAGGGUGAUGAAAGAAUGCACUUACCAAGCCCAACAGACUCAAAAUUUUACCGAAGCCUGAUGGAAGAGGAAGACAUGGAGGACAUUGUAGAUGCAGAUGAAUACCUCAUUCCACACCAGGGAUUUUUCAGCAGCCCAUCAAACUCACGGACACCUCUCUUAAGUUCAUUGAGUGCUACCAGCAAUAAUUCUACAACUAUAACCUGUAUUGAUAGAAAUGGGCAGGGCUUUCCAGUGAGAGAAGACAGCUUUCUCCAGCGAUAUAGUUCAGAUCCAACUGAGACAUGCCUGAAUGACAGCCUGGAUGAUAGCUUCCUACCUGCUCCUGAAUAUGUGAACCAGCUAGUGACCAAAACACCACCUGCUUCUGUUGUGCAAAAUCCAGUCUACAACAAUUUAUCUCUUCCCAUUGAGCCUAAGUCUGUGGCUGAUUCAAACCAUCAGAAUUCCCACAACACAGCAGUGGACAACCCUGAAUAUCUCAACACAAGCCUCUCUCCGUUUGCUAACACAGUUUUCAACAGUUUGCCCUACUGGGAUCAGACAACCAACCACCAAAUGAAUCUGGACAAUCCCGAUUAUCAGCAAGACUUCUUGCCCAAGGAGAACAAAGCCAAUGGCAUCUCUAAGCUUCCUGCAGCUGAGAAUCCAGAAUAUCUCAGGGUAGCAGCACCAAAAGUUGAAUACAUUCAAGCCUCGGCAUGACUACCAAAAGAGACCUCUUGUAGCACCAGAAAUGCAGGUGACAUUGCUGGCUGCUAUAGAAACAGAUGAGAGCAGCUGCAAAAUGCCAACAUGCACCUUUUUCCUUCUGUAUGUGCGAGUUGAUUUCAUCCAGCUUGCUUGGGACUUCUGUCUUUAUCAAAGACGUGAUAUGGGAAGAAAAGACAACAUCCAGCAAGCAAUGAAUUGCUGUUGCAUUCAUUUAUUUUCUUUACAAACUAUUUUGGAUUACAGCCUAUAUUUUGUAAACAUUUGUGAUAUUUUUAAGAGCUUUUGUGAGAUCAAGAAGACCAGAUAUUGAACUACUUCACGUCACAUGGAUCAUUUGAGAGAGGUGACACAAUAUAUUUCGCUCUCUCCUAAGCUUGUCUGCCAUAAGAUUUAAAGAAAAACUCCCUAUACAUUGGUCCAGGUUUCCUUAUACAAAUGAGAAGAAAAAUGCACUUGGGGAAAAUGUGGAGAUUCUGCUUAAGAUAUUUCUCAGAAAAUAAAGCAGGUUGCAGAGAAUGUGAUCAGCCCUGGUUAGUUUAGCAAAAGAACAUGUCUGCAGCACACACUGCCAACGGACCACUACUGUUGGGAACUCACUAGACUGUCUCUAAAAUGCUCACCAAAGGUGUGGAUGGCAUUCGGGGGGGGGGUUUCUUCUGGCUCCAAUAUUUUCUCUAGAGAUACAAAUAUGAGUUUUAAAAGUUUGACUAAAAAGCUUUAAAUGAGGAGGGAUGCUGUUUAAAAACAAAACACAUUUCCAAGUCACUGCCCUGAUGGCAUUUGGACAAUUAUUAUGAAUUCAAACAGUGAGGAAAUGCAAAGGUUGCAAUUUGGCUGAAGUAGUUUGAAUAUGGGCACACUAUUCUCUUGCACAAGCCCUAUAGGAAUUAAUAUUUUUGCUAAGCUCCCAUUUACCUUAAUAAAUGAAGUGUGUGCAUGAGAAGUUCCUACAGAUUUCUGAUUUACUGCUGUGAGUAGUGGAGAGACAAUCAGUUACAGCCCUACAAUGAUUUUCUUCUUCUUGAAUAAAACACCAGUUAAUACACAGCACUUAUAUUAGGAAAGCAGGGGUUUAGGAUUAAUCACCUGUACUUGAUCACCAAAAUUUUACUCACAAAUGCACUGAUAAUGCAAGAAUUUCAGACCAAUCUAGUGAUUAUAUGUGAAAGUACUAUUAGUCUUGUAAACUUGUGGAUUCAUUUCCACCUUCUGCCGUGCAGCCCCAAAUAAGCAGCCAAGCUGAUUUUGAAAUUGAAAUUACCUUUUCCUGUUAACGCCUGGAAGGUGUUUCAACAGAUAGCUUUCAUUGCUCUGCAAUCCCUCAUCAAGCCCCAAACUCAUACAAUAUAAUGACAACAAGUUUGCAUUGAAAGCGACAGGGAAAUUAACAAACUACUGAAAGUUUUUCUUGAGCCACCUGGCCCUUUAAGGACCCAUCCAAUGCAAAAGAACUUAUAUGGCUCAUGUUGUGAUGCAAUGUGGUCCAUAAAUGAGAGCACUUCGUGUACAGUAGCUUGAAAUUGUCUCUCUGUUAUUAAAAGUAGAACAACCGUCAUAAUAGUAAGCAAACUCAAGCCAUUUUCUUUGAACUUGCAUUACUGUAAUGCUGUUCAAAAAUAUGCACUGAUUCUGUCCCACCUACUUUCAUUCCUCAGGCCACAUUUCAAUUAAAUUUACUUUGGCUUCUGAUUUGAUUAGAUCCACUGAGGUAUCUCAUGUUUAUAUUUAAAAAUCCACCUAAACUCACAGCCUUUAAAAUCAUUUAGCAUAGAAUUCUAGAGUUGGAAGGGACCCUAAGGGUCAUCUAAUCCAACCCCCUGCAAUGCAGGAAUCUCAGCUAAAGCAUCCAUGACUUUCCAACCUUUGCUUAAAAACCUCCAAGGAAGGAGAGUCCACAACCUCCCAGAGUAGACCAUUCCACUGUUGAACUGGAACACACACAAACACAAGCAGAUAUAUAAUUUAAUUCCUACUUCUGUUUUAUCAAAUUGUGGAUUUGUUUCCUAAAAAUAUUGCCGUAUUUUUGCUCCAUAAGACACACUUUUUCCCUCCCAAAAUAAUAGAAUAGAAUAGAAUAGAAUACUUUAUUGUAAUUGUACAUAGUACAUUGAAAUUGAAUGCCAUCCCAUAAAAAACAAAAUAAAAACACAAUUACAGACACAGACACACCCAUCACAACUCCCCAGGAUCAUAUUAUUUAGUUACAGCAUUUAGGAUGGUUAUAGCUCUUGGAUACAAACUGUUUUUUAAUCUAUUCGUUCUUGAUUUAAUUGUUCUGUAUCGCUUGCCCGAAGGCAACGGUGCAAAAAGACUAUAUCCAGGAUGAGAUGAAUCCUGUAAAAUAUUAUUUGCUUUUUUAAGGCAACGGAAAUGGUAUAGCUCUUCCAGAGAUGGGAGAGGAUGACCGAUAAUCUUUUGGGCUGUGGUUAUGACCUUCUGGAGCACUUUCCUAUCCAUAACUGUGCAGCAGAGAUACAGUAUGCUCUCUAUGGAGCCCCGGUAGAAGGACACCAGCAGUUUCUCACUCAGCUUGUUCUUUUUUAAAAGUCUGAGGAAAUACAUUCUCUGCUGGGCCUUCUUUACCAGAGCAGUGGUAUUAGCACUCCAGGUCAUACUCUGCUCGAUGGUAACACCCAAGAACUUAAAUACAGCCACCCUCUCCACGCCAAUAUACAGGGGCUGAAUGUCCGCCUUUUUCUUCCUGUAGUCCACCACCAAUUCCUUGGUCUUGGCAGUGCUGAGGACCAGAUUGUUCUCUCCACACCAAACACAGAGCCGCUCCACCUCGUCCCAAUAGGUGGACUCAUCCCCCCCCCCCGGAAAUGAGCCCCACCACAGUGGUAUCAUCAGCAAACUUGAUGAUUUUGUUGCUGGAGUGGAUAGCUGUGCAAUCAUACGUAUAGAGCAGGGGUCAGCAACCUUUUUCAGCUGUGGGCCGGUCCACUGUCCCUCAGACCAUGUGGUGGGCUGGACUAUAUUUUGGAAAAAAAUAUGAACAAAUUCCUAUACCCCAACCUAGAGAUGCAUUUUAAAUAAAAGCACACAUUCUACUCAUGUAAAAACACGCUGAUUCCUGGACCGUCUGCGGGCCGGAUUGAGAAGGCGAUUGGGCCUCAUCCGGCCCAUGGGCCUUAGGUUGCCUACCCCUGGUAUAGAGGGUAUAGAGCAGGGGACUCAACACACAACCCUGCGGGAAUGGGAAAAAAGUAUGUGCAUCCUAUGGAGUGAAUGUGAGAGCCAGAGCCACGAAGGCGAGAAAGCCAGAGCUGCGAAUGCCAGAGCCGUGCGCAGCGGGAAUCCGGCUCUCAGGCUACUUCUGUGACAGCGAGUGAGGUGAGGGGAGAGACGGAAGGGAGCCCUUUCCGCCCCUCCUCCCAGCUUCCUUCCUUUCUUCUCCCUCUUUCUUUCUUUCACUCUCCUUCCUUCCUUCCUCCCUCCCUCCCUCCCUCCCUUCUCUUCCCUCCCUCCCUCCCUCCCUCUCUUUAUCUCUCUCACCCCUUCCUCCCCUCCCUUCUUCCUUCCCCCCUCUCUCUUUCACCCCUCCCUCUCUUUCUUUCUCUCUCUCCCCUUUGUUCCUUGUCUCGCUUUCUCUCUGUCACCCCUUCCUUCCCUUCCUCCCUCCCUCUUCCAACUUGAAUAAAAUAUUGGGGGGGGGCAAGUAAGCCCUACCUCACAUACUAUAUCAGCCUUUCUCAACCUGUGGGUCCCCAGAUGUUGUUGAACUGCAACUCCCAUCGCCCCUAGCUAGAAAGGCCAAAGCUCAGGGAUGAUGGGAGUUGUAGUCCAACAACACCUGGGGACCCACAGGUUGAGAUCCGCUGCAAUUGAUCUCAAGACAAAGUGCAUACACACUAUAUAAAUGACAAUGCCCAUCAACAUGGGGGGGGGAAUGACUUCCUCAAAUAUUUAAUGGGGGGCAAAGCCCCCUAGGCCCCUAGGCGUUGGCUGCUAUGCCUAGGACAAUUCAAGAAAGCAAAAAAAAAAAUUCUUGUUUUCCUCCUCUAAAAACUAGGUUUGUCCUAUGGUCAGGUGCGUCUUAUGGAGCGAAAAAUACAGUAAAUACAUGAAGAAAUCACAUUUGUUCUGUAUAGUAGUCGGUUAGGCCCUGGGCCUUGAGAUUAUUCCAUGCUAAACUAAAGUCCAGGUUACUGGACAAAGUUAUUGUUCACAACAGUUUAUUAGCAAAGUGCCAUCCUCUUUCCACUCUCAUUGGGGAUUUGGCGCUAUAAUGGCUCUUCCAUACCCCCCUCCUUGGCUACACCAGUGUUUUUCCUUCAGGGAAUCUAGGCCAGUGCCAUUGUAUAAAUAGCUGACCUAGCAUCUGUUCCCAUGUUAGUUUGGGAUUCUAUGUCAGUGGCAUUUAGGGGAGCUGCUCCCCACUUUCUUCCCACAGCACUGGAGUAAGGCUCUGCUUAUUGCAAUAAGGAUGAAUUGAUACAGUGCCUUUCUCCCACUUGUGAUUUAUAUUGCAAACCUCUUAUAUAAAUUUAGUACAGAACUCAGUCUUGUGAGCGCGUCCAACAUGAGUUGGAAUACCAACAAGCCUGAGGCAAAAUUCAUAACAUUGGUAAUGUUCUAAUUGUUGUGUGUGGAGACCAGUUCCUCUUGAAGAGGGGUUGUUAACACACAGGUACCAAAACAUAAAUAACACAUGCAUGUUAUGUGAAUUAUUGUCAGGGGGAGGAGACCAUAGCUUGCUUACCAUACCUCUACACAUUGCACAUUAGACUGUCCCACAUGCAUGUUUCCAGGUGGACGGGGUAUAAAUAAUAAAAUUAUUGGUAACAGUAUUUCUUUCUCAAGUAGCCACAACUUCCGUAGCACACAUUGCACCAACUAUACCAGUCGAAUUAAAGCAGUUAAGUUUUGCAGGUAGUUGAGAUGUCUUCCAUGUGUGCACCAGAACAUUAUGCAGCAUAAAAAAACCACAUAUAGGAUGGUAAUGUCCAAUGAUUCCUGCACUGGAAUCUCGUAUUAAUUCCUUCACCAAAUGUGUUUUUAAAUACACAGUAUAUAGUGACGGGAGCAGUGCAAGAGCCUUUGCCUUUCCUGACAAGCAUUUCAUUUUUGAGACCUAGAAGUUCCAUACAGGCAAUAGCACAAAAACUGCUACCUACCUCUUCAAUGUCAGCUGUUGUUAACAUUGCUAUAAUUUUUCUAUGAUUUACAUUUCUCUGUGAGAAAAUAUUUUAGGUGGGACAAGUGAGCAUUGUCUUUUCUUUUUGCACCUCCUCAUUCUUGUCAAAAUGUGUAGUAAAAAGAUUGUGAACUUUAUAAAAUUUCACUGUGGGGGGGGGUGACACUUAAAAAGUUUUAUAAUAAUCUUAAAUCACCAUGAAUUUGUGAUUUUUUUCCUACUGAAAACUCAUUUCAUAUUUUAUUUCCCCAAUAUUUUUCACUUCCUUUGCUUUUUGGGGUGUUGUUGUUGUUGUUGUUGUUGUUGUUGUUGUUCCAGCACCUGACUUUCUAGGAUAUAGAAUACUUAGGACCAAAGAUAAUGUCUAAUUUUCUUGCUUUAAAUAAAAUAACAUUCAUCCCUAUUUUCAUAGGUUCUUACUUAAUAGUGGAUCCAGGUGUUUGGGGGACAAAACAAAUCCUCAUUAAAACAAGUAUUUUUAAUAUCUAAGGACUGGCUGAAUAUAUAUUUUAGCAUUAAAAUAUGACUAGUCUGCAGAUAACCAGGGGGAUGCUAUAGGCCUCAAUGCUAUAUUCAUUUUCUUGAGAACAGAUCCCAUUGAAUUCAAGAGAGGACUGACUUUUGAGUAGACAUGCAUAGGACUGCAGGCAUAUUCAAGUAACAAGGCCCAUUUCUUUCAGCUGUUGUUGUUAUAUUUACUUUUAAAUAUUUUGAUAAUGGAUGGCAUAGUGAAAUAUGACCGCUCAUAUACCUGUUUCUGCAUCAUAUACUACAUCUAGUUUGCAUUCUACAUAUAUGCACACAUACACUUUCACUUUUUUGUCGGUAAUUUGUGUCCCGCAAGUUCUAUUUGGGAUUUCCCAUUUGAGCAAUAAGAAUUUCUCUAUGACACAGCAUAAUUUGCUAACGUGUGUAAGACUGUUUUGCAAAGCUAAAUGUUAGUACAGAUAAAGGGUCUCAUAAGCACUGUUCCAUUUCAGUUGGAAUUGUACGGGAGCAAGGCAUGGCAGACAGAACCCUUCUGUCUUUUCAGUAUCUGGGAUCCAAAACUGGUGGCAAAACUCCAUUAAAAUGCAUAGAUUGUUUGUCUCCACUGAUGUUAAACUAUAAAUGGAUUUUGAUGCCUUGCUGGGAAGGUGGGGGGCGCAGUUUUCUUUAUGCACAGAAAAGUAGAGAAAAAUGUAAUGAAUUCAAGUCUUACACCUAGGUAGUUUCUAUAGAAAAGAUUGAAACACACAGCUAUUUUUUUAAUAUAAAAAACCCACCUAUUUGAUACAUGAUUUGGCUAAUUUUGUGUUGUUUUUGCUACAAAUAAUGCGUCUUGGAAGCUUCUAGAAUCAGAUUUCUACCUAUCCCCAGUCCCUGGAUCUAGAAUUGUGCAAUAACAGUAUAUCAUCUAGUACACAAAUGACCAAUAUAUCUUCCAUUCAAGCCCCAUUUGAAACACAUGGGAAAUGCUUUGUGCGUCAUCACUUACAACAUCUUAGUAGUCAGGGAAUGCCUAAUGUUCAUCUUGCUGCAUCCAUUGAGUCUUGAAUUGAUUUACUGUGAACAAUACAAGGUCAAAGCUGUGCACCACUUUGAGAAAAGGGAGGUGUGCAUACCCAAUAGAGCCGGCUCUACCAUUAGGCAGAGUGAGGUGGAACCUCAGGGAUGGAACAUUUGUUAGUUAUUCCGAGGACAGAUCUAUCAGUGCCAUAUGGCUUGUCAUGUGGCCACUAACUAGCCUUUUGGCCUCUCAUGCAGCACAGGGUGCUCUCCUGACACUAGUGUCCAAGUAAGAGUCGACUGCUAGUCUGGUCAGCUUCUGCAUGUGGAAUGGGCGGAGCAUCAUCUUGUCCUUCACCUCAGGCAGCAAAAUGUAUGGGGCCAGCCCUGGCACAGAAGCAAAUUUGGAUGCGUGUCUGCAUGGUGAUGCUCAUAUAACCCCCAUACAUGUCUCUAGGAGAAUAGGUGGCACAUCCUCAUCCGGAGUCUCUACUUACAGGGUUGGCCCAAAACAUUUUGGCACCUGAAGUGAACCACAAAAUGGUGCCCCACACACACCAGGGAAUAAGGGAAGCUCUACUCUGGGUACAUAGGGAGGUCAAAUCAACCUUACCUGAUGGUUGAAGUGGAGUGUACUGCUGGUGAGGCAUUCCUUGGAGGCUGAAUCUGCUGCCCCGGUGGAUCCUGCUGCCCCAGCCAGUCGCCUCACCUUGCCUCAUGGAUGGGCCAGUCCUGUCUGCCUAUUUUGCAUGAUAAAGGGGUGAACUGGGGGCAUGCGUGUAUUAAAGAUCCUGUGGAACUAGUGCCAUAUUUGUAUUAGUUCAGUGAAGUUGUGAUCAGCUUUAUGUAGGGAAUAUAGAUUAUAUUCAGUAGUGUAUCUUUAGGUAUAGGGUUCAAACCACCAAUAACUAUUCCACUGAAAUACAUGGAGGUAAUGCAGGAUUACUGGAGCACAUGUCUUCUACAUGAGCAUUGUAAAGUUACUUAUGAAAGCACAGUUGUAAAAAUAAAUGUCACAUUUUGUAUUGCUAAAUUGUUUUUAGUGUUGAUUUUAAAACUUUGUAUAUUCAGUGAAAUAAGAUGUACAUAAUUAUUUUACAUAGUUUUUCAAUUUUCCUGGUGUUUUUGUUUGUUUUUUUGGAGGAUGUAUGGUGAUAUCACUCACUGUAAUAUAGUGUAUUGUGUUCAAUGGGAAAGGAAUGUUCUGACUGGCUUGUAAGCGGAAGCUUUUAUGCAAUCACUCAGUGCUUUUUUCCUAGAAAAAUAGGUGCUGGUACUCACUAUGAAGUUGUUACAGUAUGUGCCACACUUUUUAACAACAAAAAGAGGUGCCAGGAAUGUGUGCCCUUGAGUACCCCUUGAAAAAAGGACUGGAAUUACAGGUGAUAAGAGGUCUUUGAUUUCCCUUUUGACUCUUGAAAAUGGAUCAGCAUGGGGAGCUAAUUAGAAAUUUUGAAAAAUUUGACUUAGGUCAAAUUAUAAAACACAUUCCAUCAAAAAUGGUAUAUAUAAUUUUCUUAGUUAAACAAUUAGGAGCAGAGUAGUUGUAAUUUACUAAUACACCACCACUUCACUUUAUAAGACGUUUAUAAAGUCUGUCCUGUUCAGAUCACAUUAGAAUCCAUGUGCACCCACCUGCAACCUCCACCUGCACCAACUUGGGGAACAUUUAAUGUUCCAUGUAUGGUUUCUAGAAAUACUACGCAAAUUCUAGAGGUAUGCACUGGACAGAACAUGUGACUGAUAUUUGUAGCCUUGGGAAGUAGCCCAAUCUGUUUUGGAGUUGCACCGUGGCUUUCCAGUUCAACUCAUUAUUUGGAACCGCAUUAGAUCAGUUAAAAACUAUGCCUGCAAAUUUCUUCUCCACUCACUAUGAUGGCAAGUAAAAAUAUAUUUUCCCCCCUUUUUAGGGAGGUGGAAGAAAUUCGCAGGCAUAGUUGUUGCUCCAGUGUGGAUUAAUCCUGCCAAAUUGUAGGCAGAUGCAUUCAGAGGUUUCCAUGUAGCAUAUUUAAAAUUUCUGACAGAAUUGGAUACAAUUUACUGGUAUGGUCACCCCUCUGAGUCUAGAGCAAAUCAGAACUUCAGAGAAUGCCUUGUUAAUGACUCAGUGUGCCUCACCCAAAUUAUCCAUAUUCACCUCUUGAUUUGGAAAAGUAUACAACGCCUCUUGCCCCAAAUCUCCAUAGUGCAACUAUUAGUAAACGGUAGAAGGAAUAAAUAGCAAAUCUGAAAUCAUCCAGGAAAUAAAGGAAUAAAGGUUCCUGCAUUUUAAAGCUCUAAUAGGAAUAAUAAAAAAAAUAGAGUCAGAUAGCUAGGAAAGUGGAACCUUUUCCACACCACCACUUUUUUAUAUAGUUUCAGUACCGGUAGUUGUCUUUUCCCUCCACUAGGAUGCGGGUGGUGCUGUGGUCUAAACCACUGAGCCUCUUGGGCUUGCCAAUGAGAAGGUCGGCGGUUCGAAUCCCUGCAACGGAGUGAGCUCUGUCCCAGCUCCUGCCAACCUAGCAGUUCAAAAGCACGCCAGUGCAAGUAGAUAAAUAGGCACCGCUAUGGCAGGAAGGUAAACAGUGUCCCAUUUUGCCAGAAGUAGUUUAGUUAUGCUGGCCUGGAAAACUGUCUGCAGACAAACACUGGCUCCCUCGGCCUGAAGCGAGAUGAGCGCAGCACCCCAUAGUCGCCUUUGACUGGACUUAACCGUCCAGGGGUCCUUUAGCUUUUUUUUUACCUUCUCCUUCCUCUCCCCAGCCCAAUGAAUGGUGAGGUGUCCAACAUUUCCCAGCUUUCCUGCCACAGAACUGCAAUCCCAAGGGUUCUCUGGGAAGAGGGGUGACUGUUAAACCAAUAAAAUCUAAAAAUGCGUUCAUGAAGUGAAGGUGCUCUCCCUGCUAUGUAGAACUGGUGUAUUUUUGAAAAUUCUUUGAUAGGUGGACUUUGUACAAAGAUAAAUAGGCACUUUAAAGUUUUCUUUUAGUUCCUCCUUUCCAAGAUGGAGGCAGCAUAAGCUAUCAAGAUUGUUUUAAUGUAAUACACAAUGUAGUCUUAAAUCAUAUUCCUUCUUUUCAAACAUGACUGUAAUGUGUUUUUGAAGCAUGACCAUUUUACUUACCGUAAAUAAAGCCUUGAAAUAAUC